CUGCGGCUUCUCCACUACUACCACACGCCCGUUGAUGGAACUGACUGGCUUCACCGAGAACCAACUGACUGUCCGAGAUGCCGUAUCGGCCGUCUGCGCCAGAUUUCCCAACACCUACUGGCAAGAGUGUGAUCAGAAUGAGCGCGACCCAAAGGAGUUCCACGCCGCCCUCGCGCAGGACGGAUGGCUAGGCAUUGCGCUGCCAGAGGAACUGGGGGGUGCUGGGCUCGGUAUGAAGAGUUGAUCUUCUACCCUGGCUGAUGGUCUCAUUUUACUAACAAGGCGUUGACAGGCAUUUCGGAAGCAACGAUGAUGAUGCAGACCAUUACUCAAUCGGGCGCAGGUAUGGCCGGCGCCCAGGCCAUCCACGCUAACGUGUAUGCGACACAACCGCUGGCUCGGUUCGGUACGCGUGAGCAGCUGGAGGAGACGAUCCCCAAGAUCAUCAACGGCACGUGGCGGACGUGUUUCGGUGUGACGGAGCCGAAUACCGGUCUGGAGACGCUGAAGCUGAAGACGCUGGCGACCAAGAUCCCCUCUCGUGAGGCCUACUCGGUGACCGGGCAGAAGAUCUGGAUCACCUGUGCGCAGGUGGCCGCGAAGAUGAUCCUUCUAGCGAGGACUACACCGCUGGAGGAGGUGGCCAAGCCGACCCAAGGCCUGUCGCUGUUCUGCAUCGACCUGGACCGCGAUCACCCCGGUCUAGACAUGCGCAAGAUCAAGAAAAUGGGUGGCCGCGCGGUGGACGCUAACGAGGUGUUCUUCGAUCAGUAUACCAUCCCGGCGAAGACGCUGAUCGGGCAGGAGAAUGACGGAUUCCGUAAUAUCCUGCACGGCAUGAACGCGGAACGGUGUCUGCUGGCCGGCGAGGCCUUGGGAUUGGGCUACGCGGCGCUGGAGCGAGCAGCGCAGUACGCACGGGAGCGAGUUGUCUUUGGCCGGCCGAUCGGCCAGAACCAGGGCAUCGCGCACCCGCUGGCGGAUGCGUACAUGAAGCUCGAGGCGGCCAAGCUGGCCACCUACCAUGCGGCGCGUCUCUACGAUACAUCGCGACAGGACGAGAGCAUCCCCGCGCACUCGGUGGGAGUGGCCUGCAACAGUGCGAAGUACCUGGCGGCCGAGGCGGCCUUCACCGCGUGUGAGCGGGCGGUGCUCAGCCACGGUGGAAUGGGUUACGCGAUGGAGUACGACGUGGAGCGCUACCUACGCGAGUGUUUAGUCCCUCGAAUCGCACCAGUCAGUCGGGAGAUGAUCUUGAACUACGUGAGCGAGAAGGUUUUGCAGCUGCCUCGGAGUUACUGAAGGGGGGGCAAACAGAUUGAGUUUGUUACAUAUCAUAAAUUGACGACACGAGAGAGGCUUUGAUCAUUGUGCGGUGACAGGGCCUAGAUUUCGAUGAUGCAGGAUCUGGCCUGGAGAUCGUCGUUUUUUUGUUACUGUCGCGCAGUCUUUUGCUUUUAUCGGAUGCGGCACAUUGCAGGCAUGGGGCUGUUUCCGGCAGCUUGAAUAGAAGGCGUUUUCCCAGUCGCAGCACUGAUUGGUACUGGAACAGAAAAAAAAAAGCAAAAAAUGGCGCAUAAGAAAAACUCGAGCUCUCCACUUCUGGAGACAAUGGGAGAAAAACUGUCAGGGCGUUCAGGGAACCUGGAACUAAUCUCAGGAACGCACGGUGAGAACGGCGUUCUGAGAACCAGGGAAUUUGCCUGCCAUUUGCGGCAUUUUCUCCUCCUCCGGUUCUGCUCCGUAAACGAUUUUGUCCU